AUGUCCCUCCCCAAACGGCGGUCCGGCCAAACCGAGGCACCUGCUACAUCACACCCGUUAGCACCGUUUAUGAUCGACUUCAACCCUGAUCGCGGCUCUAUGUCCACACAUCCCGCUCAGGGUUGCAACACACAAUCCUUUCCAGCCCUGUUGGCCAUCUCUGCGCUCCCCGAAAACUCCAUUUCCGUAAAUCACAGUUACCGUGAAGAUAUCCGACUGAUGAGGGCCAGCAACACCGCUGGCACUCACGGUCAUUUUGGGCUACUGGCCUACCCCCUGCAGCGCCAACCUCCCGUUCUAAUCCCGUGUAGUACACUCAACAUUCCUACACCCCCCCCCAAUCAGCUCUUCUACCCAAACGGUGUAUUACAUCACGCGCGGAUACCCAAACCCCUAGUACAGCGUUACUCGUGCAUGGGCCUGGCUGCUGCUGAACGUGAACGAGAGGAGGCUGAAGAGGCCAAAAGGGCCACCGAAGUGUUGAAAAGGAGGAAGAAGGAAGAGGCAGCGGUGAGGAAGUCACCUUCCCUCCUGACUGUCUCAGCUCCGGUCUGGUUGCGGCACACCGAACCUUGGCCACUCCCAUCCCGGAACCUCGGUCCGGAGUCGGAACAUUCGGAGAUCCCGGAUUUGCUCCGAUAUCCUGACGGACCUCCGACAUCCCGUGACAUGCCCUUAAACCCUUCCUCCACCCAUUUCAUUUAUUUGAGUCACCCAACAUCCUUCGGAUACGCAACUCCGCUUUCGGAGCUACCUGCAUCCUUCGGUGAUCUCCCUCACGUUAUCACUUAUUAG